UGCGUGGCUCCUUGUCCCUCGUCCAAGAUGGCUGCGUCCAUCGCGCGGCGCUUGCGGCCCUUGGUGGCCUGCCAGGGGCUCCUGCCUCGGGGAGGCUGCGUCUGCAACCAGAACCCAAGAAGAAGUUUCGCGACGGAGAAAGGACACCGGAACCUCCUGUACGAGCAUGCACGCGAGGGCUACAGCGCGCUCCCUCAGCUGGACAUGGAGCCGCUGUGCGCAUGCCCUGAAGAGGCCGCGCGUACCCUCGAGCUCCGCAAAGGGGAGCUGCGGCCGGAAGACCUGCCGGCGAUCAUCACGACGUGGCAGGAGCUGAGGCAGCUGCGGGAGCAGAUCCGGAGCCUGGAAGAGGAGAAGGGGGCCGUGGCCGAGGCUGUGCGGGCCCUGCUGGUGAACCAGGACGGCAGUCAAGUGCAGCAGGUGCAGUUGGAUUCUGGUCCUGGCUCCGUAUUUGGUCCUUCUCUCUUAUUCCCAGACCGGCUUUCUCCCCCCGGGAAUGGGGAGGCAGGGGAGGCCAGGCUCGAGGAGCAGUUCUACCUGCGAGCGCUGAGGCUGCCCAACCAGACCCACCCAGACGUGCCCGUUGGGGACGAGAGCCAGGCCCGAGUGCUCCACGUGAUCGGAAACAAGCCAGCUUUCUCCUUCCAACCCCGAGGCCACCUGGAAAUCGCCGAGAAACUCGACGUCAUCCGGCAGAAGCGUCUGUCCCACGUGUCCGGCCACCGCUCCUAUUACCUGCGCGGGGCUGGGGCCCUCCUGCAGCACGGCCUGGUCAACUUCACACUCAACAAGCUCGUCCAUCGGGGCUUCACCCCCAUGACGGUGCCAGACCUUCUCCGAGGAGCUGUGUUUGAAGGCUGUGGGAUGACGCCAAAUGCCAACCCAUCCCAAAUUUACAACAUCGACCCCUCCCGCUUUGAAGACCUCAACCUAGCUGGGACAGCAGAGGUGGGGCUUGCAGGCUACUUCAUGGACCACUCCGUGGCCUUCAGGGACCUGCCAAUCAGGAUGGUUUGUUCCAGUACCUGCUACCGGGCGGAAACACACACGGGGAAGGAGCCGUGGGGGCUGUAUCGAGUGCACCACUUCACCAAGGUGGAGAUGUUUGGGGUAACAGGCCCUGGACUGGAGCAGAGCUCGCAGUUGCUGGAGGAAUUCCUGUCCCUUCAGAUGGAGAUCUUGACGGAGCUGGGCUUGCACUUCCGGGUCCUGGACAUGCCCACCCAGGAACUGGGCCUUCCUGCCUACCGCAAGUUCGACAUUGAGGCUUGGAUGCCAGGCCGUGGCCGCUUUGGCGAGGUCACCAGUGCUUCCAACUGCACAGACUUCCAGAGCCGCCGCCUCCACAUCAUGUUCCAGACGGAGGCCGGGGAGCUGCAGUUUGCCCACACGGUGAAUGCCACAGCCUGUGCUGUCCCCCGCCUCCUCAUCGCCCUCCUGGAGAGCAAUCAGCAAAAGGACGGCUCAGUCCUCGUGCCCCCUGCCCUCCAGCCCUACCUAGGCACCGACCGGAUCACGGCCCCCACCCACGUGCCUCUCCAGUACAUCGGCCCCAACCAGCCACAGAAGCCCAGGCUCCCAGGCCAGCCUGCCUUGAGCUGAGGACUCAUCCUUAUCAGCCACCAGGGUCAUCAUUGUUUCCUGGAGCUCAGGGGCCCUGGACCCCUGGGACCUGUUGUCCUGGGCCUGUCCUGACAUCUGCAUGCCUCACGUCAGCUCCACUCCUGGGCCUCUGGACUCCAGGACCCACCUCUCUUCCUUCCCUUUUUCCUCAGAAUCAGUCAGUGGCCAAGUUCGACUGACUGGGGGCCCAGCCUGCACUGGGAAGCAGGACAUCUGGGGACUUGCAGGUUGUAGGGAUGGGGGAAGGGGAGAGGCCUCCAUGCCUCCUUUCUUCUUCCCUCCCUCAGUGCUUAGCAGAAAGUUCCCAAUAAAUGGUCAGAACAAA